CAAGGUGCAGGGAUGGAACAUUGCAAUGUCGAGGUGGGCUUCUGCUGAUUUUUCACCAGUUGAUGCAUCUUAUGAUGAGGACAAGGAUGGUAAAGUGAGCUUAACAACUGAAAGUGGUGAGAUCCUAGAAGGAAGCUCGGGUGGGAAAGUUAGUAGAUCAACUGGGAGUAGUGAAAGAGGUAAGUUUGACCUUUCUUCUGAUGAUGAUACUGACACUGAAGAGGAUAAUAUUGUUGAUUCCAUUGAGGAGGAGGAUGAGGAACAAGGUAAAACUGCUUAUAGUUUGGUGUCGGAUUCUGAUGAAAAUCUUGGAGGUUCCAGGAAGGUGCAGAGGAAUAUAAACAUGCUCAACAGUUGCAGAAGUGUGUUUGAGUUUGAAAUGAUUAAGAAGAUAAAUGAAGGAACUUAUGGCAUUGUCUACAAAGCUAAGGAUAAGAAGACCGGGGAAAUAGUUGCAUUGAAGAAGGUGAAGAUGAACAUAGAUAAGGAAGGCUUUCCUUUGACAUCCUUGAGGGAAAUGAACAUUCUUUUGUCGUUUAAUCACCCGUCCAUUGUAGAUGUUAAAGAAGUAGUAGUUGAUGAUUUUGACGGUGUUUUUAUGGUAAUGGAGUAUAUGGAGCACGACCUUAAGGGGCUGAUGGAUGAUAUGAAGCAGCCUUUUAGUAUAGGUGAAAUAAAAUCGUUGAUGUGGCAACUUCUUCAAGGUGUUGACUAUCUUCACGAUAAUUGGGUUCUUCACAGAGAUUUGAAGUCUUCAAACAUUCUGCUGAACAAAAAAGGAGAACUGAAAAUAUGUGAUUUUGGAUUGUCUCGCCAGUAUGGGAGCCCACUGAAGCCGUAUACGCCUCUUGUGGUUACUCUACGUUACAGAGCACCCGAGCUUUUGUUAGGUUCUAAAGAAUACUCCACAGCAAUUGACAUGUGGUCUGUGGGUUGCAUAAUGGCUGAAUUAGUUGCCAGAGAGCCUCUUUUCAAGGGUAAAAAUGAAGUUGAACAACUUGAUCAGAUUUUUCGAACUCUGGGUACCCCAGAUGAGAAUAUUUGGCCCGGAUUACCCAAAUUGCCUGGGUCUAAAGCAAAAUUUGUGAGGCAACCGUAUAAUAUGCUCCGGAAGAAGUUCCCAGUCGCAUCUUUUACUGGUCAGCCAGUUCUAUCAGAGUCAGGAUUUGACUUGUUGAGCAGGCUUCUAACUUAUGACCCUGAAAAGAGGAUAACAGCUAAGGAUGCUCUCCUUCAUGAUUGGUUCCAUGAAGCCCCUCUUUCUAAUUCUGAUUUCAAGCCUAUUUCCCCUUUUCGUUGCUAGGACAGUGUCUUGCACUUCAGUAGGUGCUGAUUUUUACCGUUAGAAGCAGCUGCUUGAUACAUAGUCACCUGACAAGGUGUGGCUUUGUAACUGUUUUUCUUUUUUUUUUUUUCUUUUCCCUCUCUUUUACAAAUUUCUCUCUUGACGGAGUUUAAAGCACACUAUCUCUCAGUAUUCUGCAUUUGCUAAAGUAUGUACAUAUAUUUCAGGAUUCUCAGUAAUAAAUGAUGAAUUUCUUCUUGUGGUAAUAUUCAUUACCUUUGCAUUCCUUUCCCUUUUGAUUAUCAUGUCUUGUGCUGUGAUGUAAAAGAUUCACUAUUAAUUACAUCAAGUAUUGUUAUUUCUUUUGGUGUGAUAGUGUUCAUGCAUAUUAUUGUGUUGGUUUUGUUUUAGAUUGGUCAUAUGUAAAUUAUGAGCCAAGAUGAACACAAUGGAAUACAUGUAGUCUGGCUCCGCGUCCUGAAUCUUGGACUCUCCGCUUGCUUCUACAUUUGCCAGGUUUUCGUGUAUAUUUAUAAGUGUAUUUUCAUAACCCCUCUUUUUUUGUGUUAUCUCCUCUGUUCUUAUUUGCACACCUUUCAAAGGUUGACUCAGUAAGGUGAGGUUUUUUAUUUUUUGGCCUUUGGGGUUGAUGUGGGGAGGCUAUGACGCUAUGUUUCUUUUCUCAUUUUAUUUCCCCAAUAUCAUUUCUUAAUUCUUAGUAGAGGUGUAACAUGGCUUGGUGCUUAGACUUCAGUACUGCUCUACUGGCUGUGGAGAUUCGUAUUUAUUGCUUUCAGUGCUCCCCAAGGUAUGGAGUUUGGUUUUAAUUGAAGCUAUUGGUUUUUGCCUGAUUUGCUCCAUGGCCACUUGGUCAGUAAUGAAAUUUCGUAGAGAGUCACUGUUAUAAUUUAUAUUGUGCAAAAUACCGCCUUUUAUCCCAAGGAAAUCUCAACUUCAUUUUUUUUUGGACGUUAUUCUCUGCAGACACAAGUAAACUGUCAUGGCAUCAUUUGCCCCCAGGUAGUUUAUUGUUGUGUUUGACCAUGAUAAAGUAUUUUGAUAUUGAGCCUUGUAUAGAUCAAAACUAAGCAUGCAGAGUCUGGUUGAGGGAAGUUUGAUGUUGCAUGAGCCAACAAAACAGUGGACUUGUAUGGGUUUCUCGGCAGCCAUUCUCGUACAAGUAAACAUGCAGGUUUACACACAUUCCAAACUGAAAUGGUUAAUCUAAUGAUUAACUUCGUUUGCUUUUGUUUUAGCUUUAGACUAUUAUUUUAACUAGGAAAGGAGGAAGAUGAAGAGGAUUUAGUGGCUGAAGCAAAAGGAAGCAAACAGGUUGAGACUUUGUCCGUCUCUGAUGAUGGCUUUCGAUUUACUCCAUUUUUCUAGUUCUUACAAUUCUGUGUAGAAGUCCCUUGCAAAUAUUUAUUUAUUUUUUUCUGUGUUCGUAUCAAAGUAUAAAACAAGUUUUUGCAUUCUCUAGAAUAUGCUUGACAUGUAUUGUGGCUAGCAGACACGCAUAGUUUUGUUGUAUAAAGAUUUAUUACCCGAUGAAGAUUUUUAAA